UCGCGUCGUAGAAACGUGGCCGAAAUCUCCUACACACCUCUACCAGCCGGCACGGAUGUCGAUGACGAAACCGCCGCGCCUCCAUUCGACGCUGAGAUGGCGCUGCGAUCGCUACUUCUUCGUUCAGGGUGCUCUAUAAACGCUGGUCAGACCCGGUCGCUACACGGGCGACAGGACACAGCUGGAGUGGCGCGGCUCAGAGAGGUGCUGGAGGAUCGCCUGCAAGAGAUCCGCAAGGCCAAGACCUGGAAACACGAGCGAGUGUUGACCUCGCCACAGGACACCAAAGUGACAGUCCAUGGCGCAAAAGGAGAAUUUUUGAAUUUCUGCGCUAACAACUAUUUAGGUCUUUCGAAUCACCCUGAAGUAGUGGAGGCGGCGCGCGAAGGUCUGAAACAAUAUGGCGCCGGCCUCAGCUCCGUGCGGUUCAUCUGCGGAACACAAACCAUACACAAGGACCUCGAGCAGCGCCUCUCCAAGUUCCACGGUCGCGAGGACGCGAUCCUGUACGGGUCGUGCUUCGACGCCAAUGCCGGCCUCUUCGAGUCGAUGCUGACGCCCGAAGACGCCGUGUUCUCCGACGCGCUCAACCACGCGUCCAUCAUCGACGGCAUCCGACUGUGCAAGGCGCAGAAGUUCCGGUACCCGCAUCGGGAUUUAAAGGAACUCGAGCACCUGCUAGCCCACAGCGACGCACGGCUCAAACUUAUCGUGACCGAUGGAGUAUUCUCUAUGGACGGCACGGUGGCCCCGCUGGAGGGGCUCCGCGGCCUGGCCGACAAGUACCGCGCGCUGCUGGCCGUGGACGACAGCCACGCCACCGGCUUCUUCGGAGAGACUGGGCGAGGCACAGAAGAAUACUGUGGCGUGCCCGGUGCAGCGGACAUCAUCUGCUCGACCCUCGGCAAGGCGGUGAGCGGCGCGGCCGGCGGGUACACUACUGGGCCUAAAGAACUGGUGUCUCUGCUGAGGAAUGUGUCUCGCCCUUAUCUGUUCUCUAACGCGCCGCCCCCACCCGUGGUGGCUGCUUCUUUGAAGUCCCUAGAGCUGGUCGAGAACAGCGGCACCCUACGCGAGAGACUCCGUGAGAACACUACAUUGUUCCGCAGUGGACUGACCGAGGCAGGCUUGACCGUAGCCGGGGACGGGCAUCCGAUAUGCCCCGUCAUGGUGGGUGAGGCGCCUGCAGCCGUGGAACUCGCGGCGAAGAUGCUCGAGCGUGGCAUCUACGUGGUAGCCUUCAGUUUCCCCGUAGUUCCCCGUGGCGCCGCCAGGGUGCGUGUUCAGAUCAGCGCCGCGCACUCCAAGGAAGAUGUCCACAAGGCCGUCACCGCCUUCGCAGAGGUCGCCAGGGAUAUUGGCAUUGUUAAGAAGUAGUGAGGUGGAGAGG